CAGUAUAUAUGUAACAUGAAUAAUAAUAUUGCUUCUGAGAUCAUUCAAAAAUAUGAGCCUAUUGAAGAAGUUAGGGAAGCACGCCAGAUGUCAAUAGAAGGUUUUACAAGAUACCUGUGUUCAUCUGACUGUCAACUAUUUAAUAAUGAGUAUGAAAAAGUUUAUCAAGAUAUGACUCAUCCAUUAAAUGAUUAUUUUAUUUCAAGUUCACAUAAUACAUAUUUGAUAUCUGACCAAUUAGUGGGACCAAGUGACAUCUGGGGAUAUGUAAGUGCCCUUAUGAAAGGAUGCCGUUGUCUGGAAAUUGAUUGCUGGGAUGGAUCACAAAAUGAACCUGUUGUAUACCAUGGUUAUACACUCACCAGCAAGCUUCUAUUUAAAACUGUUAUCCAAGCGGUACACAAGUAUGCAUUCAUAACAUCUGACUACCCAGUGGUGCUUUCCUUAGAGAAUCAUUGCUCCCCUCUCCAACAAGAAGUGAUGGCAGACAAUUUACAGUUUAUUUUGGGAGAUGCCUUGCUUUCUGAUAUGCUUGAUGAUUUUCCAGACAAACUGCCUUCACCAGAGGCAUUAAAAUUCAAAAUACUAGUUAGAAACAAGAAAAUAGGAACCUUAGCAGAGACCCGUGAAAGGAAAAAUUCUGAUAAGCAUGGUCAGGUACAGGAAUAUGAAGAAUAUGAAGAGACAGAUCAAGAUGAGGAAGAGGAGAAAGUUAAAGAAUCAGAAACUUUGGUUAUUUUAAAAGACAAUUCAGGGAAGAAAACCAUGAAGGUAAAAGUGGCUCUGGCCUUAUCUGAUCUCGUCAUUUAUACUAAAGCUGAAAAGUUCAGAAGCUUUCACUAUUCAAGACUCUAUCAACAAUUUAAUGAAAGUAAUUCUAUUGGGGAGUCACAAGCUCGAAAACUUUCAAAGUUGGCAGCCCAUGAAUUUAUUCUUCAUACCAUGAAGUUCAUUACCAGAAUAUAUCCCAAAGCAACAAGAACAGACUCUUCUAAUUUUAAUCCUCAAGAAUUUUGGAAUGUAGGUUGUCAAAUGGUGGCCUUAAAUUUCCAGACUCCUGGUCUGCCUAUGGAUCUUCAAAAUGGGAAAUUUUUGGAUAAUGGUAGUUCUGGAUAUAUUUUGAAACCACAAUUUCUAAGAGAUAUUGAAACAAAGUUUAAUCUAAAUGAAGUACUAGAAAACAAUAAUCCAGUUACACUUAUGAUAAGGCUCAUCAGUGGUAUCCAGUUGCCUCCCAGUAGUCUUUCGUCAUCUAACAAAGCUGACACAUUAGUGAUAAUACAAAUUUUUGGUGUUCCGAAUGAUGAAGUGAAACAGCAGACUCGUGUAAUUAAAAAAAAUGCUUUUAGUCCAAGAUGGAAUGAAACAUUCACAUUUAUUAUUCAGGUGCCAGAAUUGGCAUUGAUACGCUUUGUUGUGGAAAAUCAAAGUAGAAUAACUGGAAAUGAAUUUCUUGGGCAAUAUACUUUACCAGUUCUAUGCAUGAGCAAAGGUUACCGUCAUGUUCCUCUGUUUUCCAAAGGUGGGCAGAGUCUUGAGCCUGCUGCACUGUUUAUUUAUGUUUGGUAUGUCAGAUAG